AUGGGACGUUUCAAGACAUGGAGGCCAAACUCAGAGUGCUGCAAAUGGCAACGCGUGAGAUGCAAUGCUCGUUCACCUUCCAGAGAAGUCAUAGACCUAAAUCUGAGCUCUCUUUUCAAUUUUGGUGAUUCAGUCUCAGUGAGUUUUAGCAUUCUGAAAUCGGUUCUGCGUAUAAAUUCUCUCGUUACGCUUGAUAUCUCGUCUAGUUUCAUACAAGGAGAGAUUCCUGGAGAUGCGUUUCUCAAUCCCUCCGAAAUUGUUCUCUUUGAACACCUUCAGUAUCUUAACUUAAGAUUGAGUGGUUUUGAAGGAGAGAUUCCUGGAUAUGCAUUUGUAAACUUGACCAGCUUGAUCUCUCUUGACAUGAGUAGGAAUAGAUUGAACGGCUCUAUCCCUAAUGAAUUGUUCUUUUCGAAGACUCUUCAACAUCUUCACUUAAGCAAUAAUCUUUUUGGAGGAGAAAUUCCUGGAGAUAUGUUUGUGAACUUGACCAGCUUGAUCUCUCUUGAUAUGAGAUUCAAUAGCUUCAACGGCUCUAUCCCUCCUACAUUGUUCUCUUUGAAGACUCUUGAGCAUCUUGACUUAAGCAUAAAUGGUUUUGGCGGAGAGAUUCCUGGAGAUGCGUUUGUGAACUUGACCAGCUUGAUCUCUCUUGACAUGAGUGAUAACAAGUUUAACGGCUCUAUCCCUCAUAAAUUGUUCUCCUUGAAAAAUCUUCAGCGUCUUGACUUAAGCUGCAAUGUUAUUGGCGGCACGUUGAGUGGUGACAUCAAAGAGCUCAAAAAUCUGCAGGAACUGAUCUUAUAUGAGAAUCUCAUUGGAGGAGAGAUUCCUCCAGAAAUAGGUAGUCUUGCGGAGUUGCGGAAGCUAGUUUUGAGGCAAAACAAGCUCAGUGGUUCUAUUCCGUUGUCCAUAUCACGGUUAACGAAGCUCAAAAAGUUUGACCUUCGGAACAAUUCCUUGUCUUAUGAGAUUCCAGACGGUAUUGGGAACUUAGUCAAUCUAUCAACUCUGUCUUUGAGCAUGAACAAGUUGUCGGGUGGAAUUCCAUCGUCGAUUCAGAAGCUGAAAAAUCUUAAAACCCUUAACCUUGAGUUUAACAAUGGUUUGUCAGGUGAGAUUCAUAACUUUGUCAGACAACAGGCUCUCAGGCUCACUGCCUCCAAAUUUGUUUCAGUCUUGGAGCUUAUACUAUCUUGCACUAUCAAGGAACAACUUCUCCGGUCAGAUCCCUGAUAUGGAAUCAUCGGUCACGAUACUCAUGCUGUCUUAAAACAACUUGUC